AUGGCCAACUUCAAGAUCACUGACGUGAAGGAGCUCUCUUUAGACUUGGGUCAAGAGGCCGCGAACACACAACCACCCCCACCGAGGCCUGCGCCUUUGCCAACGAACACACAGGAGUUCACUCAGCCCCCCGGACACUCUCCCAAUUUACAAAUCAACGUCACUGCGGGUAAAAAAUUCCAUGUCAAAGCAGUAGUAACCAAUUCCCAUGGACCUGUCAGUUGCAAUAUACCCUUAUCCUUAGAUAGCUUUCUUAAAGGUCAACACUAG